GAGUGGAUUUUCCGGUUUGAAAUUGUGGCACACUGUUUGACUCAUCGAACCGUAAAUUGUGCGGAUGGAACAGCAGGAAUUGAGCAAAGAUCAGUUGAAAGUGCUGCGUGAUGCCUUCAAUGCGUUCGAUAAGGAGAAAACGGGCAGCAUUUCCACGGACGUGAUCGGCACGAUCCUGGAGCUGCUCGGCCACAAGCUAACGGAGGAGGAGCUGGACGAGGUGAUCGAGGAGUACGACGAGGACGAGUCGGGCCAGCUGGAGUUUGACGAGUUUGUCGCGCUCGCCUCGAACUACGUCGAGCCGGAGGAGGACUACGAUGCGCUCCGGAAGGAACUGCGCGAAGUGUUCAUGAUGUACGAUAAGGAUGCCAAGGGUUACCUGCCCGUUGAGGAGUUCAAAGCGAUCCUUCGCGAGCUGGAUGGGGCCGUGCCGGAGGAGGAGCUGGACGACAUCGUGGACGAAAUUGAUGCCGACGGUUCCGGCACAGUGGACUUUGAAGAGUUCAUGGAAGUAAUGACAGGAUAAGUGUAUGUGUGUAUGUAUUUGCCUUACCCGUAACCGAAGGAAGACUUCGGUGGGGAUUGGGGAGAACGGAACGAGACUGGGCGCAGGACAACUGCUACCGCCCGACAGGACCAGGACAUCGUAACAAAUAUGUAAUUUGCGUUGCAAGGUAUCAUCAUGGCUGCCGGCGCUCACUGGCACACACGCACGGUAAGGUAAAACCGCACGCAAAAUUAAGAGCCGAGAAAGGGAAAAUGGAUGGGAACGAACGAUGAACGAUAAAUAUACUCUAC